GACAGUUCUGAUGAUGAACCAUGAUCUUGGCGGUGGUGGGAUUAGUGGGCCGGGUAGUAUUAGCAGGAUUGCUUGGCCCAUGGUUGGCAUAGGCGAUGGCGGUGGAGGAACUUCCAGGGCUCAUUACCAUAAUUUACCAAGUGGGCUGUGGCCGAAUGUUACUGGCUUUGGGUUUCAGCCACCGUCCGGCGGCGGAGCUGGUGCAUCGACCACCGGGAUAACGAGUGAGAGCGGCGGCGGCGGAGGGUACAGAAUUGGGUUUUCUGGGUUUGAAUAUCCAGGCGUGUCGAACAUGGGUGCGAUGAGUUUUGCGUCAAUCUUAGGUUCAGAGGCUAACAAUCAGAUGCCUGGAUUGGAGCUUGGACUGUCUCAGGAUGGGAAUGUUGGAAUUCCGAAUCCGCAGGCGUUUGCACAGGUUUAUCAUCAGAUGGGUCAAGCUAGGGUUCUUCACCACCACCACCAUAGCCAGCAACGCCCUGAUGAAAAUCAGCAAGAAACAUCUGAGAAGGAGGACUCUCAAGGCUCUGGGCUUUGAUGGGUUCACGUGAUUUUC